GUUUAUAGCCUGUACUUUUUUUCUCUUCUGAUUAGCACUGCAUUGUAAUGAAAGGCUAAAGAGGAAUGUGUUAGUGUCCAUGUUAAAAAAAACAAAAAAAAACAACAACUCAUGACUCCUCCUAGUAUCACGAUGACAAGUCUUCACUCAGUCCCUCACCACACUGUCCUUCUUUAGGUUUCAGUUAACUACAAGAACCUUGUGGGCUUCUGUACACAAAAGUCCGGUUUAAACAGAGGCUAAAUAUUUGUGUGUAGUCAUCAUGGGCUGGAUUCUGCACUUCAUGGCUCUUCUCAGUGGACUCAUUGGUUAUGUGGCAGCAACUCAAGACUGUGGCACAUGCUAUCAGCUAAACAUGGAGAUUGUUAUUGGUAUCAUUGUUUGUGAUAUAAUUCUCACAGUUCUUAUUGUAAUCUCAGUCUAUUGUUUUGCAUCAUGGGAAAAAAAGAAGAACAGCUUGCAUACACGGAAGAAAUCCAUUGAGACAGAGAAAGGCAAAUUUCGGCAGUCAUCGAGCAGACCAAAGGAGGUGGAAAUUACAGAGUCACCCUAUCAGGAACUAUAUGGAGUACAGUCAGAUAUAUACAGUGAUCUUCACCAGUAUCGGAAAUAAUUUCUACAGGUGAAAAGAUCUCUCUCACCUACAGUAACAACGACAUUUUAUAAACUCACAAGACCAUUACUGGUCUUUCAAUUUGUCUGUAACUUUGACUUUCCAUGACAGGAAAAUGUUUUGUCUCUGUGUCCCUGAGACUAUUGUGUAAUUGGGCAAGAAAGCCUGGAUAUCCAUCCUAAAGAUGCCUUCUAUAGGCUUUUCUUUUCUUUUUUUUUUUUUAAUAUUAAUAAUGCUUAUGUUCAUCUAAUAAUAACCUUUAUGUGUUAUAACACCAAAUAUGUAUCGCAUGUAUAGACCUGUGUAUCAAUGUUUGUAUAAAUUAUCUAUGC